AUGAACUUGGAAAACACUGUCCACUCCGGAAAAGUGCUCGUAGGAUCUCUAGACGGUCGAGAACUCCGCACCCUCGUCUCAGACCAAGCCCUACCCGACGGGCUCGACGUUUCUCUUAAAGCAGUCUCCGGAGUCCAUACCCCCGAACAACUCAUCAUCGACCAAGAGAACGACAAGCUCUACUUCUGCGACCGCGAAGGCCUCUGCGUGAUGCGCGCCAACUUCGACGGCACCCAGCAGGAGACCCUCAUCCAGAACGGGAACUGGGAGAAGAGAGAAGGCCGGGAAAACCACCUCGACUGA